AUGGCUCAUGGCGGGAUGGUCCUGGACAAAGACCAGUUCAACUGUGCAAUGUGUCAGGAUGUCCUGAAGGACCCAGUGACCAUUCCAUGCGGCCACAGUUACUGCUCCGAAUGCAUCAGCAGCUACUGGGACGAUAAUAGCAACUUGAAGGUUUUCAACUGCCCUCAAUGUCGGCAGACUUUCAACCCGCGACCGGUGCUUGGCCGAAGCAUCUUACUGGAUGACGUGGUGGGAAUAUUUAAGCAAAGUGGACUCCAGGAGGCCUCGGCGGGUCGAACUCUGGCGGAGGAGGACGACGUGGAGUGCAAUGUUUGCCCGAAGAGAAAGUACAAGGCGGUCAGAUCGUGCUUGGUGUGUUUGGCCUCGUUUUGCGAACUGCACAUUCAACCGCACUACCAGUCAAACGAGCUUAAGACGCACACGCUAAUUACGGCCUCCAAGAGGGUCCAGGAGUGCGUCUGUGGUCAACACAACAGGCUGCUGGAGUUCUACUGCCGCACGUACAAGCAGUGCAUCUGCCUGCUGUGUGUCAUCGACCAACACAAAGGCCAUGACGUCGUGAUGGCGGAGGUGGAAAGACAAGAGCAACAGAAUCAGCUUGGUAAGAUGAAGCACGACUGUCAGGAGAACAUCCAGCAAGCAGAGAAGAUGGCUGAGAAGGUCAAAGAAAACCUCUCCUCUGUCAAAGACUAUGCCUGGAAGCUGACGAAGACAAGUGAGGAACUCAUAAAAAAGAUGACCAGCUACUUGGAGGAGAAGCACUUUGGGUUGAUUGAGAGGAUCCACAACAUGGAGAAGCUGGAGGUCAGUGAGGUCGAGCAGUCGCUGGAGGAGGCAGACAUUGUGAUCAAGGAGCAGCAGAGGAUGUGGGUCGAGCUUGACAAGUUGGCAGAAAACGUGAACCCCGUGCACUUUCUCCAGAAACUUCCGUCCCUGAAAGCCUGGACUAUGUCCUCACUUCUGCCAGACUUCAACUUGAUCCUUUUCAAAGAUAUUUACGUCUACCAGGAGUGGAUGUUGGAAUACUACAAGGAAGGAUUCAAUGACAUUUUUGAAGAAGUGGAAAUGGCAUUGUUGUCGUCGUGUAGUACGAGUCAUCGUCUUACCCCCGCCCCGCCGGCCCAGGCAGAAGCAGCGCCCUCGGCCUGUGUCACACCUCCCGUUCAAAGGGAAGCCGCAGCCUCCAAGAGGGUCCAGGAGUGCGUGUGUGGUCAACACAACAGGCUGCUGGAGAUCUACUGCCGCACGGACAAGCAGUGCAUCUGCCUGCUGUGUGUCAUCGACCAACACAAAGGCCAUGACGUCGUGAUGGCGGAGGUGGAAAGACAAGAGCAACAGAAUCAGCUUGGUAAGAUGAAGCACGACUGUCAGGAGAACAUCCAGCAGGCAGAGAAGAUGGUUGAGAAGGUCAAAGCAAACCUCUCCUCUUUCAAAGACUGUGCCUGGCAGCUGACGAAGAUGAGUGAGGAACUCAUAAAAAAGAUGACCAGCUCCUUGGAGGAGAAGCACUUUGGGUUGAUUGAGAGGAUCCACAACAUGGAGAAGCUGGAGGUCAGUGAGGCCGAGCAGUCGCUGGAGAAGGCAGACAUUGUGAUCAAGGAGCAGCAGAGGAUGUGUGUCCAGCUUGACAAGUUGGCAGAAACCAUGAACCACGUAAACUUUCUCAAGAAACUUCCGUCCCUGAAAGCCUGGACUAUGUCCUCACUUCUGCCAGAUUUCAACUUGAUCCUUUUCAAAGAUAUUUACGUCUACCAGGAGUGGAUGUUGGAAUACUACAAGGAAGGAUUCAAUGACAUUUUUGAAGAAGUGGAAAUGGCAUUGUUGUCGUCGUGUAGUACGAGUCAUCAUCUUACUCCCGCCCCGCCGGCCCAGGCAGAAGCAGCGCCCUCGGCCUGUGUCACACCUCCCGUUCAAAGGGAAGCUGCAGGAGAGGACUUGCUGCCGGAGCCGGAGGUGACACAGGGUAUUCCUCCAGAGUCCAGGAAGUGUUGAGUACAAGGAAGCACCUUCUUCCGAUGGGUGGAAAACAAAGAGUCAUCAAAACAAAGACUUCCAGUCGGCUCAUCGACCCACCACCUACGCCUCCCUCCGCCCUCCCGUGACGAUGGACUUUUUUGUUUAUUGUUUUCCUGGGAUGUCUGGAAUCCGUCCCUUAAAGGGGGGGUGGGGGGUUCUGUCAUGAUCCGUUACCCGGAUUAUGUCAUGUUUAGUUUGAGAUUCUCUUAGUUGUUUAGUUCUUUUCAGCACCCCUGUUUUUGUGUUCCUUGUCGCCAUGGAUGCUGAUUAUUUACACCUGCCUCUGAUUAGUGGUCAGUUAGUGAUUAGUGCUCACCUGCUUCCGGUCACUAAUCAGAGAGAUAUUUAUUCCUGCCUCACGUCAUACUCUGUCUGGCAGUUUUGUUUGCUACACCCAACAGGUUAUUCUUGCUUCUAGUUCCCGUGUUGGCUAGUCCUGGUCUAAGCUUUUCUCUAGCUUCCUGUUCCUAUUUUUGUAUUCUUGCCUUGUUAUGGUAAUAAACCAUCUUUCUUACCUGCGGAUCGUCAAUGAUUGUUGAGAAGAAUCAUUUUAUUUUUGAUUUUAUUGUGUUGCCAAACAUCACACUGAAUAUUAAUUGAAAAGAAUAACGUACAACUCCAAACCAACGACACUUGAAAUAACAAUACACACUUCAACACACAAAUUCAACACAUGCAUAAAAAAAAAAGGACAAACAAAAUUGAAUAAUAUCAAUAACAGUAUCAAUAAUAAUGAUAAUAUGAACAUCAAUAACAGUGUAUAAGAACUUUAAACAACAACAAACAAACAAAUCAAAGACCAGAAAGCGGGCUUACAUUACACCAGUUUUAAAAUCUCUGCAUUGGCUCCCCGUGUGUCUCAAGAUCAAUUUUAAGGUUUUGGAUAUUAUUUUGUUAUGUACUGAUAUCAAUACCAAUUUAC